CCUCGGUCGACGCUCACUCAGUUUCAACACGCGCAUCGUAGCAGACACCUUACUGUCCCCUCAAAUAACUCCAAAUAACCACCAACAAUAUGCGCCUCAGUAUUGUAGGCGCAAUGCUGGCGCUCUCUUCUCUGCCCACCGUUGUUUGGACGGAUCAGGGUCGCAUCAUUGGUGGCUUUGAGGCGAUCCCCGAGGAUACGAAACAUCAGGUUUCGCUGCGGUUGAAGCACCUGGAGGACCGGAAGUUCGGUUGGGGGCACAUCUGCGGCGGUAGCCUGAUCGGUGCCCGGCUAGUGCUUACCGCUGCCCACUGCCUGAUGGACAGCCUGGGACGGCCACUCGGACCGCAGAACUACGUCAUCGUCGGUGGCGGUACCGAGCGGUCGACGCAAACCACCGACACCUUCACCAGCCCGAUCAGUGAGAUAAUCCUGCACGAGGCCUACGAUGAUGAGCUGUCACGCAACGAUAUUGCGCUGCUACGGCUGAGUACCGCCGUACCCUCCGCUCAUCCGACGCUGGUUGCGAUACCGCUGUGCGAGGAGACACCGGUAGCGGGCAGCCAAUGCCAGGUAUCGGGCUGGGGUACCACGGCUUCGGGUGUGCAGGAGUCGGUGGAGCGGUUGAUGGCAGUGAACAUCACGAUCGUGGCGAUGUCGAUCUGUAACGGGACGGACAGCUACGAUGGUGAGCUGGCAGCGGGCAUGCUGUGUGCCGGUGAGCCGGCGGGCGGAAAGGACAGCUGUCAGGGUGAUUCGGGUGGACCGCUCGUCUGCGAGGGUCGGCUGGCCGGUGUCGUCUCGUUCGGCAACGAGUGCGGGCUGGAGGGUUUCCCGGGCGUCUACAGUGACGUGGCGUACUAUCGGGAGUGGAUCCGGGCGAACGGUGCCCGUGCGCUCGCCGCCAACGUCUGGAUUGCGCUGCUCGCUCUCGUCGCCGUCGCCGGCGUCGCCGCCUUACACGGUUCCUGGGAAGCGAAUGCUCGGUAGCUCUUGCUCCCUGCCUUUUUUUCAGGAUUAAGGUGCUGCGUCUACUCGCCGAAUAUGUCUUAAGUUACUCUAGCAGUUGUCAAACUGACACCCAAACCCAUGAUGUGUUGGAUUUCUUUGUGUAGCAUUUACUUUUACCAAGUUCGCACGAAUGGUUGAUCGCAUUACAAGAAUAUUAUGUAAAACCUUUGCAGCUAUAGAAGCAAAACUGACAAAGAUGUUGAUUUUUGAAGAGAAGAACUUUCGAACGAAUUUUUUCUAAACGAACGAACGAAGUGAACGAAAUUUAGUGAAGAAAGCCAUUCAACUUGAUUCGCUUCCGCGGAUGGCGUAUAAAACUACAGCUUUACAAGAAUAUUUGAAUGAAUUUUGUGGUGGAUUUGUCCAUAGUAUCAAAAUUAGAAAGCCGUAUCUGCAAAAAUGUAUCUUUUCCGGUCGAUUGAUACCGCCGCGUGCUGGAUCAUUUGAAACUUGCAAAUCGAUAUUCUAAGUUUAUGUCCUAACGUUUUAUAAGCUUAUGUAGCAAAUUUUUAAAAUUUUUGGCAACAUUUUAAAGCUGAGAAAGUGAUGCUUUAUACGAUGUCGCUUGAGAAAUGAGAAAUA